CUGGCCUGACCUUUAGAUAAAGAAAAAGGAAACCCAUCGAAAACCUAAAACCCGAUUAGAUUUUUAGAUACGAAACCUCUUCUCCUCUCUUACGCUCCUUCCUCAAUCUCUCUCGAUCGUCGGAGAUUUUAUUUGUCCCCUUCAAGAGUCUUCUUCUUCUCCCAAACCCUAUUUUAUUCAUCGCGUUUGGAUCGAAUCAGCUGUCAAUUCUUUCUUUGCGGUUUUCUCAGCCAGCCAUGUCUGCCGUGUAUUGCGGAACCAAGAGAUCUUACUUCGACGAUAUUCCUUCUCCGCCCUCUUCUAAGAGGUUCCGAUGUUUUUCGCCUUCCAAUUCUCCAAUCUGGUCCUCUCCCUCUCCUUCCUCAUCGCUCGAUCAGCUUCGCACUUCGUUUCCUCAUCUUGAACUCACGGUUCUUGUCAAGGCACUAGAAGAAAAUGGAAGUGAUUUGAAUGCUGCUAUGAAGAGCUUAUACUCCAUGGCAGCCGCUGAGGAGAAAGAAGCUGAAGAAUCCUCCGCAGGAGGUGCUAAUCAGGAAACUGAUACCGUUUCUGGUGGAAAUCCCCCGACCAGUGGUGAUGACUGGAUUGAAUUGUUAGUAAGGGAAGUGUUACAAUCUUCUGGUGCAGAUGAUGCAAAAGUACGUGCAGCAAGAGUCCUUGAGGCCUUAGAGAAGAUGUUAAGUGCACGUGCUCGUGAAGAAGCUGGAAAAAAAUUCCAAGAGGAGAAUGUGGCAGUGCAGCAACAGGUGGAGGCCUUGGUGAAGGACAACACAGUCCUAAAACGUGGUGUUGCUAUCCAGCAUGAGCGGCAGAAGGCAUUCGAAGAUGCGAACCAGCAGCUAGAACUUUUGAAGCAACUGAUUCCUCAGUACCAGGAAAAGCUAAGAACUCUGGAGGUGAACAACUACGCGUUGAGAAUGCAGCUGCAGCAAGUGGAACAUGGCAACUCCAUGCCAGGAAGAUUCAAUCCGGACCUUGAGAGAAGCUCGUUUUUGUCAUCAAUUUCGUCUCUAAUGGCUGCCCUCGCUUCUCCCUCCCUCAUCCCCUCUUCUCUCUGCUUCCCUGCCGCUGCCGCCGCCGAUGGUCCACGUUUUCUCUCUUCUAAUUUCUCUGCCUUUUCCGACGGCGGUACCAAUCUCAGGUAUCACAAGAGCUUCCUAUCCCUUUCAUCUUCUUCUUCGCCUUAUCGAAAUCGACCGUGCCGUUCCCUCGUCGUGUUUGCUGCUUCCGGAGACUACUAUGCUACUCUCGGUGUCCCUAAAUCUGCCAAUAACAAGGAGAUUAAAGCCGCGUAUCGACGCCUCGCUCGUCAGUAUCAUCCCGAUGUGAACAAGGAACCUGGCGCAACUGACAAGUUCAAGGAAAUCAGUGCUGCCUAUGAGGUUCUAUCAGAUGAGCAAAAGAGAGCAUUAUAUGAUCAAUAUGGUGAAGCCGGAGUCAAGAGUACUGUAGGAGGAGCUUCUGGUACUUACACGACAAAUCCCUUUGACCUUUUCGAGACAUUCUUUGGUGCGAGUAUGGGUGGAUUUCCCGGGGUGGACCAAGCUGAUUUUGGGAGAACCCGCCGCAGUAGGGUUACCAAAGGUGAAGAUUUACGGUAUGAUGUCACCUUAGAACUGUCAGAGGCUAUUUUUGGAUCUGAGAAAGAAUUUGAUCUUACGCAUCUGGAGACAUGCGAAGCUUGUGCUGGCACUGGGGCAAAAGCAGGAUCCAAGAUGCGAAUAUGCUCCACUUGUGGUGGGCGGGGGCAAGUUAUGAGAACUGAGCAAACACCAUUUGGCAUGUUUUCACAGGUUUCUAUAUGUCCAAACUGUGGUGGAGAUGGUGAGGUAAUUUCUGAAAAUUGCCGGAAAUGCUCUGGAGAAGGACGUGUGCGUAUAAAAAAAAGCAUCAAAGUCAAAAUUCCCCCGGGAGUUAGUGCAGGUAGCAUCCUUAGAGUUGCCGGAGAAGGUGAUUCUGGUCCCAGAGGUGGCCCUCCAGGAGAUUUGUACGUAUAUCUUGAUGUUGAAGAUGUCCGGGGAAUUCAAAGAGAUGGCAUAAACCUUUUAUCUACCCUUUCGAUCAGUUACCUUGAUGCUAUACUGGGUGCGGUUGUUAAGGUGAAAACAGUUGAAGGAGACACUGAACUGCAGAUACCUCCAGGUACACAACCUGGUGAUGUGCUGGUCCUGGCAAAGAAAGGAGUACCAAAACUGAAUAGACCAUCUAUCCGCGGUGACCACUUGUUUACAGUCAGAGUUUCUAUACCAAAUCAAAUAAGUGCUGGAGAACGGGAGUUGCUGGAGGAACUUGCAUCUCUGAAGGACACGUCCAGCAACCGGUCACGAACUCGUGCUAAGCCUCAGCAACCCAGUUCUCUGAGCAGUUUACCCAGUAGCUCAGAAAACAAGACAGAUGAAUUUAAGGAGGAAAAUGAAGAAGCGGAGCAAGAAAACGACUUGUGGAAAAACAUCAAAGAUUUUGCAGGGUCUGUGGCAAAUGGAGCUCUGAAAUGGCUGAGAGAUAACCUCUAGAGAUCCAUCUUCAACUAACUGGACAUGCAUUAAAGCUUUUAUCCGCUGCAUUUAUGUUUCAAUUUGGUGCACAUAUUGUGAAAAGAGGGCGGUUCUGCUCAACCUGCCCCUACUCCAUUUAAUAGUAGAGAUGCAAUCGGUUUUUUCGAGUUGGUUUUGGUAAGAAAUAAAAAGGUCAGAGAAGU